AUGUAUUUACCAACAUUUUACAAAUUAGGAUACGAAGCUUGGACUGCCAAGAGCAAGAGAUUCUUGGGAAUUAUGCCAGCUGUUGGCUGUUGGGGUAUGCUUUACUAUUUAAUUAAAUUCUAGCUGUCUGGGCACUCUACCCAAAUCUUUACAACACAAUAUACACCGAUUUCAUUCCCCCUCCCAAAGGUAAUUGUAUGUCCUAAAUGAAGGUGUCUAAAGAAGAGUAUAAGAUGCAUGA